CUGGCAACAGUUCGGACUCGGAUUCUCGCCAGACAUUUUCACAACGGAGAGAGAGCUGAGGAGAGUCGGAGAGAAGAGAGAGAGAGAGGGGGCUGUUUGAGAAGGAAUGGGGUGGGCGAUCGCACUCCACGGCGGGGCCGGAGACAUCCCCUUGUCGCUCCCGCCAGAACGGAGGCUACCGCGAGAGGAGACGCUUCGCCGAUGUCUGAGAAUAGGCGUUGCAGCCCUCAAGGCCAAUCGACCGCCGUUAGAUGUCGUCGAGCUUGUUGUUCGUGAGUUAGAAAAUUGCCCACACUUUAAUGCUGGUAGAGGAUCUGUCCUGACCACCAAUGCUACAGUUGAAAUGGAAGCAUGCAUCAUGGAUGGAAACACAAAGAGGUGUGGUGCUGUCUCGGGCCUUUCUACAGUUGUUAACGCCAUAUCACUUGCAAGGCUUGUGAUGGAGAAAACGCCUCAUAUAUAUCUGGCAUUUGAUGGAGCUGAAUCCUUUGCGAGGGAACAGGGUGUCGAAACAAGGGACGCAAGCCAUUUUAUAACUCCUGAAAAUAUUGAGAGGCUGACCCAAGCAAAAGCAGCAAAUAAAGUGCAGAUUGAUUACACUCAACCUGUUCUUGAGAAAACUCCUCAAGUUUCAUCAUCUAACAUAGGCGACAGCCAAAUUGGUACUGUCGGAUGUGUUGCAGUGGAUGGCAAUGGAAACCUUGCUGCAGCAACUUCCACAGGUGGAUUGGUGAACAAAAUGAUCGGCAGAAUUGGCGACACGCCGAUAGUAGGUGCAGGAACAUAUGCCAAUUACCUCUGUGCCAUCUCGGCGACCGGUAAGGGCGAAGCGAUCAUCCGGGCCACCGUUGGCCGGGAUGUUGCAGCUUUGAUGGAAUAUAAAGGCCUUUCGUUGAAAGAUGCAGCAGACUGUGUAGUUGAGAAUUCUCCCAAAGGUACAACAGGCCUUGUUGCUGUUUCUGUUACUGGUGAGGUUGUCAUGGCUUUCAACACUUCAGGCAUGUUCAGAGCUUGUGCAAAAGAGGAUGGUACUUCAGAGAUUGCAAUAUGGGAUUCUGUAGAAAAUGGAGAUUUACUGUUGCCAUAAAUAAGUUUCUGUAGGCCUUCCUCCUUGCUAUAGUAUGUGCUGAAACAAUUACAAGGAGAAAUAAUUAUGAAACAGGUGUCUGUUCUUGUGUUUGAAGGCGACAGGAAGCUUGUUUGGAGUCUUAGGCUUUGUUUGGGACAGUUUUCUUCUUGCUUUCUAAAAUAGCUUUUUUACUAUUUUUUAAAAGCAAUAAGAAAGUAGUUUUAAAUGAAGUCUUAGGUUUUAUUUGGGACGGUUUUC